AUGAUUAAUUCGAAUCGCUGCAUCACGGAGCUAUGUCAGGACUGGCAAGGGUACAAGCUUCCUGUUGCCCCGGAAUUCAAAGAGACUGAAGGAAUUGAAAACGUGCGCCGAUUGAUACGGGAGUUGGGGGAGGUAAGAGCUGCGCGUGCAAUUGUGGACAAAGAGCGAUGCAAGCUGAUAGGGAAAGCAAGCCGAUGGGUUGUGAACGGGACCGUGACUGACCCUGAUUACUGUUGGCAAUGUAUGUUCUAUGGAGCUUCCUUUAGUCAGGCUGACGCACCUAUUAUAGUCAAAAAUGUUAAGCUCUUCAUAUUUAAAGAAACCAAGAUGCUACAAGACAGGAUGCUUGAAAGCAAGAAUACCGAGAAUGGGGGGAUCAAGGCGGCAGAGACUCAGACCGAGCAUAUAUCACAGUCAGAGAGCAAGAAGAAUAUUGGUCUUCAAUUCCGAGACAACGAUCUUAUUCACAAAAUCAUAACGCUGCCUUCCGGGUUUUGUAACUGGCGACUCGUUGCCGGAUUCAAGCCUGAUCUCAUCGACUUACUGCAGACAAUCCGAGACGUUUGCAAAGCUCACCAUCAGUCUGUCGAAACGGUUCUGGAUGUUAAUCGGGAGUUGCGAUCCGUUCUACUCCCCCCGUCGAUUCCGCGCGAUUGUACAGACCUCAACCUCGACGACCAAAAUAUGGACAGGUAUGCCAAGUCCAUUCUGGCAUACAUGUAUCGAAACAUCAUCAUACCCGUGGAUGAAUACGGUCUGGACAUCUGCAACAAGAUUUUAGACAAAAAGGCCAGUCGCGUGAAAGAUGAAAUUUCAGGACAUUAUGUCAGAAUUAAACUGCAUCUAUCAGACUAUUCAACCUCAUCGUACUCAUCUCCAGUCCAUAUUGCGGACCUAAUUCAAGAAAUUAUCGACGAUCACGGUAAAAUCCAAAAAUAUUAUAGCGGCGCACACACGUGUUCUGUUGAUAAAAUUCCGCGGCUGCUUGGUGAAAUUGAGACCAUUAUCAACGAACAUGAAAAUCUAUUGACGGCGCAGGUGAGAAAUCUCCAGAGAAUUGUAAAAAAGAAAAACUUCGGGAUCUCAGAAGACACUGUUUCGCAAAUACUCGCCAGCGACAGGUCAUUAUUCUUGUCUCGGUUAAAGAGCGUAUCGCCCAAUCCAGCAGCCAACAUAGUGACCAGCGACGGCCAAAGCGAUGGUCGCAGCAAGUAG